AUGUGGUAUGACUGUCCCUUCCUCUCCAUCUCCAGCAUGCGACUCCCUACUGAGGAAGCCACUCUCCUCAUUGAGCGUCACCCGGCCGUGGGAACGGAGACAUCGUCGCGCAACUCCGAGGUCAUCCAUGCCGGCAUCUACUAUGGCACCGACACCAUGAAGACAUCCCUCUGUGUGCGGGGGAAGAAUCUGCUGUACGAGCUGUGCAAGAGGCAUGACGUCGGAUUCAAAAACACGGGUAAAUGGAUCGUGGCGCAGAACGAUGAGCAGAUGACCGCGCUGCACAGUAUUGAGAAGCACUGCAGGGAGGAGAUUGGCGUUCCUGUCCGGUGGGUCAGCCAGGAGGAGAUUGCGCGCGAGGGAGAAGGUGUCCGCGCUGAAAAGGGCUGCCUCGAGAGUCCUACCACGGGCAUUGUAGAUUCACACGGGUUGAUGAUCACGCUCCAAGGCCUCUUCGAGGAGAAUGGUGGCGUGGUAGCGUUGAACUCACCGGUGCAAAGGAUCACACCUCUUGGGGACAAGGGCGCGUCGGGAUGGGAAGUGGAGGUCAUGGAUGGGACCACGGGCGAGACAUCGACCGUCACGACGGAGACGAUUGUCAACGCUGCUGGGCUGGGAGCUGUGGAGGUCCACAACAUGAUCGUGCCGGAUACAGACAAGAAGACGCUGUACUACGCCAAAGGCAACUACUUCUCCUACGGGUCCUCGCACCCCAAAGUCUCAAGGCUCAUCUACCCGGCUCCAGAGCCCGGCCUCGGAGGGCUGGGUACACACCUGACCUUGGACCUGGGGGGCAGAUUGAAGUUUGGCCCGGAUGUGGAAUGGGUAGACGACCCGAACGAUCUGUCUGUCAACACGUCGCGGUUCGAACAAGCCGUGAGAGAGAUCAAGAGGUUUCUGCCUGGCGUCGAUGUGGAUAGCUUAAAGCCUGAUUACGCUGGCAUUCGCCCAAAGCUGGCGCAUCGUCAGGCUGUCGCCACAGGCAAAGGGUUUCAGGACUUUGUGAUCCGGAAAGAGAGUGGCUACGAGGGAUGGGUCAACCUCUUGGGCAUCGAAAGCCCCGGCUUGACUAGUUCGCUGGCGAUUGGCGAACAAGUCGAGAAACUAAUUGAGAGAUUAUACCAAGACAAGGUCCUCGCGCUGAAGUAA